AUCACGUGAAGGUUAAUUGAACGCUCUCGUGUAAAUUUGCUUCCACGAGUAAGUAGCUACUCGAACGCAUCCACAGGGACUGACGUCACGUGUUUCUACACAUGAUUGCUCGUUCGCGUGAGAAGGUACAAUACAACAAAAGUCUCGACCUUUUGAUAAUAACCAAUUGAACCUUGAGUUCUUUCUACAUCUGAACUUUAGUUCAAGAGUACAUAAAAGUGGGUAGCGAUUUUGUCGUACAUUUCUUUUGGUAUUUUGCUGUCUUGCUAGAAUCAACGCAAAAUGAAGCAGAUUUGGCUCGUAUUUAGCCUGUCUAUGGCGGCUCUGUUAAUGGUGACAAGUGCACAGGACGCGAACGGUACCGGCACAAAGCCAGGGACAUGUCCCUAUCCCCGCUUUCAGUGGGGUGAAACCUGUCCUCCAUCUAAACCGGGCUGGCAGAGGUGCACAAACGACAGUCAAUGUCCCGGGGAUCAGAAGUGUUGCAGUUAUUGGCGAAUCAUGAUAACUGAUUGCUACGUCUGCUUGCCACCAGAACCUGUACCGGCCGUAACCGAAUCAUCAGCCAUGCCACCUGCUAAACCAAAGACUCCGGUUCAUACCCCGUCGGUCCUGCCAACCAACAAACCUCCAGUGACGCAUCCCGUCCACAAACCAAACGGCACAAAGCCUGGGACAUGUCCCUAUCCCCAAUUUCGAUGGGGUGAAACCUGUCCUCCAGAAGAAUCGCCCUUUCAGCAGCUAUGUAAAAACGACAGUCAGUGUCCCGGGGACCAGAAGUGUUGCAGUUAUUGGCAAUUCAUGAAUUGCUACGUCUGCUUGCCACCAGAACCUGUACCGGCCGUAACCGAAUCACCAGCCAUGCCACCUGCUAAACCAAAGACUCCGGUUCAUACCCCGUCGGUCCUGCCAACAAAGAAACCCCUUGUGACGCAUCCCGUCCACAAACCAAACGGCACAAAGCCAGGGACAUGUCCCUACCCCCAAUUUCGAUGGGGUGAGACCUGUCCUCCAGAAGAAUCACCCUUUCAGCAGCUAUGUAAAAACGACAGUCAGUGUCCCGGGGAUCAGAAGUGUUGCAGUUAUUGGCGAAUCCUGAUAACUGAUUGCUACGUCUGCUUGCCACCAAUUCCACCUAUCCCCGCCGUAACCGAAUCACCAGCCAUGCUACCUGCUGUACCAAAGACUCCGGUUCAUACCCCGUCGGUCCUGCCAACCAACAAACCUCCAGUGACGCAUCCCAUCCACAAACCAAACGGCACAAAGCCAGGGACAUGUCCCUACCCCCAAUUUCAAUGGGGUGAAACCUGUCCUCCAGAAGACGGACCCUUUCAGCAGCUAUGUAAAAACGACAGUCAGUGUCCCGGGGAUCAAAAGUGUUGCAGUUAUUGGCGAAUCAUGAUAACUGAUUGCUACGUCUGCGUGCCACCAGUUCCAUCUGCACUGGCCGUAACCAAACCACCAGCCACGCCAACGACUAAACCAAAGAGCACCAAGCCCGGCACGUGUCCCUAUCCCCACUUUGGUUGGCGCCGGCGUCAGACGGCACCUCCACCGUUUGCUCAGAAGCGUUGUUCUACCGACAGUCAGUGCCCCGGUACUCAGAAGUGUUGCCAAGCCUCUAGGCGACUAGACAUGACCGGCCGUUACGUCUGUUUGCCACCAGUGUCAUCUAACUCAACAACUGUCAAAGUACGAAUCAUCAAGACCACAGAAGAACCAAACGUUCCACACGAAGGUGUUUGUCCAGCAGUAAACAAGUCUGAACCGGUGUUGUGCGUAGACCCUCCACCGUGUAGGACUGACCAGGACUGCAUGUCGUUCGAGAAGUGUUGCUUCACCGGUUGCAGCCACAUGUGCGUGGAAAGCACUCGGACUCCGCCUAUACCUCUCUCCCUAAUCGGCGAUCCUGUGCAACCAUCAGGUGGUUGCACAUAUUAUGACGGUCAGCACUAUGAGAACGGCAGGGUAUUCAGACCUUAUGAUGACGAGUGCACACUUUGUCAGUGCUUCAACGGGGAAUAUAACUGCUACGAUACCUGCAGCCAUGACUACGACUACAGUCACGUCAACGCGUGGGUUGCUGCUGCCAUCGCCGCUGGUGGCGCCCUUCUGAUUAGUCUGACAUUUACCAUGUCCGUGUGUUGCUGCUUGAAGUGUUGUUGUAAGGACCCUCCUCACCAGACCAUAGUGAUGCAGCAACCACCAGUAAUGCAGUAUCAACAGGGAUCACAACCAGGUAACUUAUACAUCGGACGUCCCAAUGAGGAGAAGCAACCACUGACAUCUAUGGCUUAAGACAAAGGAAAAGACGGUGUUAGUUAAUGUACUGAGCACGUGACGCCUUUAAUUUGCAGUGGCGUAAUUUGUGCCGGGGACUGGGGGGAUGGGGUAAGACUAAAAUCACAAAGUUGCCCGGCCGUAUAGAGAUUCCAAAAGCAUUUUGCUUUGGUUCUUAUUUUCCUUUUUCAGUACUAUUGAACACUUGUUUUUCCAUUUUCAGUACUAUUGAACACAGUUUGAUUGUUGGCAAUUUCGUAAAAUACCUUAAAACAAGCCUAAUUUGGGGUUUCCCAACACGACCAAGUGGGGGAUAAUCCAAUGGCCCAUCCCCCUGGUCAAAAGGUGGGGGGAUAUAUACCUCCCAUCCCCCGGUAUUUACGCCCCUGACCGUUUGCAAUAAUGUACAGUAUUUGAGCUAAAAAUUGAUUGACUGAACUUAUGACGAUGAUGUUGAUGUGCAGCGCAUCUGCUGAAUUUACUGACAUCUUUUAACAUUCCAAAGUAAUUACUAACUUUUUGCUCCGAAUUUCAGAAUUGUAUUCCAUGUAUAUGCAAUAACUUUGUGAUCGAAGUAUUUUCACUUGGACAAAACUGCCCAACUGUUAAAAGUACUUGCUUACAUUAUAAAUAAACACUUUAAUCGUUCAAGUAGUAUCUCCAGCAUGCAAAUCCUCAAAUCUUACUUACUUUAAUCGUUAAACUUUAUGAGUGGGAUGAAAAAAAACUUGCGACUUUUGUUUUCAUUUUGAAGUUGACUAGGGAAUUACCAGGUUUAUCCCAAAAUAAUCAACCAUAUCAGUAUGAUCGGCUAUGCCUGGCACGAAACGCCGAUGAAACAAAAACUAGCUUGACAGGCAAUACAAAAAUGCGGCUGAAGUUAUUAUUUCAUGACAAAUAACGAAACAGGUAAUAGCUUGGAAGUUUAGCAACAUUUGCCGAUUUGUUCUAUAUAGUGUUACCUUUAACGAAACAAAAGGUGAUUUUAUUUUGCAUAAAAUAAAUUACAGGUUGCGUCAAAAGAACAAUAAUAGUUCCAAAAAGCCUUGAACAAUAAGAUUUUGUUUACCAAAGGCAGAUGCCCCUAAAUAUUAUCAUGUUUAAUUCAUUGAAUAGCAAUAUGAUUUUAUUAUCACAGUUAAUGAAAAUAAAUAAGUAUAUUUGAUUUGUUUUGUACUGUUGGUUUGGAAAAUAAAGAUGCAUCACAGCGUAAAUUGGAAAAGCAAAAGUGGA